AUGAGACGGAUUGAAAAAUAUCUAUAUUUAAAUAGAGGGAUUGACUUGUAGAUGUUGUUGGGUUUGAAGAAGGUGACUAGGUGGGUGAGGGAAGAGUUAAACCGUUGAAGUGCAUAAAUCUCAAAUUACGCCCUAAUUCAGAUUUUAGAAGGAAAAAAGUUGAAACCUCUUUGCAUCUCUCUGAGACUCAGAAGAGGAAUGAGGCCUCCGAAAAAGUCGAUCCACGCCGUCACCACAUGGGUGCGGCGGCAGCCUCCGAAAGUAAAGGCUUUUCUCGCCGUCGUUUCGGGCAUGGCGGCGCUCGUGUUUCUCCGCUUCAUCGUUCACGAUCAUGACAACCUUUUUGUCGCCGCUGAAGCUGUCCACUCCCUUGGAAUCUCCGUUCUCAUCUACAAGCUCAUGAAAGAGAAGACUUGUGCCGGAUUAUCGCUCAAAUCUCAGGAAUUGACGGCUAUGUUUUUAGCUGUUAGGCUGUAUUGCAGUUUUGUCAUGGAAUAUGACAUUCACACCAUACUUGAUUUGGCUACUUUGGGUACAACACUCUGGGUUAUAUACAUGAUCCGUUUUAACUUGAGGUCUAGUUACAUGGAGGAGAAGGACAAUUUUGCAAUAUAUUAUGUGGUGAUACCUUGUGCUGUGUUAGCCUUGUUUAUUCAUCCAUCAACUUCUCAUCAUUUAUUGAACAGGAUUUUCUGGGCAUUCUGUGUGUAUCUUGAAGCUGUAUCAGUACUACCCCAAUUGAGGGUCAUGCAGAACACCAAAAUUGUUGAACCAUUCACAGCUCAUUAUGUGUUUGCACUUGGUGUCGCAAGAUUCCUCAGCUGUGCACAUUGGGUUCUUCAGGUGUUAGAUAGCCGUGGACAUUUGUUGGUUGCCUUGGGGUAUGGUUUAUGGCCAUCAAUGGUUCUUAUCUCAGAAAUUGUCCAGACUUUUAUCCUUGCAGAUUUCUGCUAUUAUUAUGUCAAAAGUGUUUUCGGGGGACAGCUUGUUCUUCGCCUUCCAUCUGGAGUGGUAUAAAAGAAAGUUGGAUUGGGCGCAUGGUUGCAUUUUAAAUUAACUUUGAUCAAAGCAAUGUGUUUGACUAUGAUGGUUGGAGGUCCAUUUUGUGUUGACAAAGGUUGGCUAUGGGGGAGAAGCUUCUUUGUAAAGUUGGAGGGGUUCAAUGGAAAACUCGUUAUUUAUGUCUAACAUACACUAGAGUAUUCUUCGUAGUUUGGAACGUGCCUAUUCGCCUAUUUCACUUGCUCAUUCUCAGUUUUAAUCGUAGUUGAAUAUAUCCGUUAAAUAUUAACAAUUAGAAUUAACAUA